UAUGUAAAUUAACCUUUAUAUUUUAUAAAUAUAUAUAUAUUUAUUAUUUAAUAUUUUUAUACAGCUUCAUAUAAAAUCAUCCAUCUAUUUUAAUACUUUACAUAGUUCCAAAGGGGCGCUUAGUGGCGAGUGGCAAAGGUGGCCCAGCCACUUCCAAAUUUCCAAUGCCGUGGCACAACACACCCAAAAAAAAAAAAAAAAAAAAACUUCGCUUUCACCCGCCUCGGUUCACACCAAACUGUGUCUAUAAAUUGAUCCAAACAACACACACUAUGCGUACGCACAGCUUGAUCGGUCGAUCGAUCAGCCAUGGCCAAUUCUCUUCUUGCAUUCGCCACCCUACUACUUCUUCUAUCUGCUGCUGCUGCCGUCGCGUCCGGACAUCGGACCAGAUCCUGCCGCGUAAGCGGCCAAUUACGCGGCAAGUCCGGCAGGUGCAACCGCGAAAACUACUCGGACUGCUGCGUGCCGGGCAAGCUCUACCCGCAGUACCGCUGCUCCCCUCCGGUCACCGCGCGGACCCCCGCGACCAUGACGCUGAACAGCUUCGCCAGGGGCGGGGACGGCGGGGGCCCGUCGGAGUGCGACAACAAGUACCACCCCGACCACGAGAUGGUGGUCGCGCUGUCGACCGGCUGGUUCGACCGCUCCAGCCGCUGCCUCAAGAACAUCCGCAUCGCCGCCGCCAACGGCCGCUCCGUGCUCGCGAAGGUCGUCGACGAGUGCGACUCCGUGCACGGCUGCGACGAGGAGCACGACUUCCAGCCGCCGUGCCCGAACAACGUCGUGGACGCCUCGCCGGCCGUGUGGAAGGCGCUCGGGAUCCCCAAGGAGGUCGGCGAGCAUCGCAUCACCUGGUCGGACGUUUGAUCCCCCAUUUGAAGUAACGUCGAUCGACCGACGAUAAGAUUAAUAAUUGAAAAAUAAAUAAAAAUGGGGAACGUUUAUGUACGAGUUUAAUAUGCGCUAUAUAUAUAUGUGUAUGAGUGUGUCGCAUGCAUGCAAGAUCAACGUCUCUCUUGUCACGUAUGUGCAUGCCGCUGUUUAAGGGUCAGGCCCAGAAAUCUAUCUUUGGAGGGCCAAAUUACAAUAAAAAAUAUAUUAAUUAAGUGAU